GCACUUUACAUUUUCACCUGAAGCAGCACUGGACCCUGCCAUGGCCACGCACAGCCCAUAAGAAUCUGGCAGCAUAUUGCAUGGGCUCAUUGGCUGGUCAUUACACUCUUUACCUAACAUACAUAAUCAUUAUUAGAAGAACAGGCAAUCUGAAUUCUUCAAGUCCGCCCAAACAAUGGUAUCCUGUCAACAAUUUUGGCCCUUGGCGGCCCUCGUGACCCUGCUGAGUGUGGCGACCAUGAGGACGGCCGCUGCAAGCACCGACAUGGUCUACUGCGCAAGCAUCAACACAGCUUCCACCAGUGCCAAUUUUAGCACUUUCCAGUCUGAUGGACUGUGUUAUGAAUUUUGCAUAGACGACUACGCCUUUGCCAUCGUCCAAGAGAACAACUGCUGGUGUAGUAACUACGUGCCAGCUACACAUGUGGACAUAAACGAUUGCGACACCGCUUGUCCUGGCUAUCCCAGCGACACUUGCGGAGGAGACGACCUUUGGGGCUACAUGUCACUUGACAAGUCCCCGUCGGGAACAUCAGGGGCAGCUACCGCGACAACAGCUGCUACCACUACCAAAACCAAGGUUUCCGCCACGGAUAAAGCUACAACUAAAACUCCUAAUGAAGAUUCCACCACAACCGCUGUGCCCAGCAUCUCCGUCGCGACCAUCACCCAAGGGGGGAGUAUCAGCUAUCAAACCGUCACUGUAGUGCCUACAGCCACUCCUGUUUCUUCCGAUACCAGUUCAGCCGAGACAACAUCCAGCAAAAAUGGUCUAUCAACCGGUCAGGCGGUAGGAGUUGCGGUGGGUGUGCUAGGAGGCGUGUUGAUCCUUGCAGCCAUCGGGGUCUUCAUGUGGUUAAGACGCAAGAGAUUGCAACAAGAGGCGGACAAUGAGAACAGUACGCGAGGUAGCUCGGCCGGUAUGAUGAGUACGCCACAGACAGAAAUGGCUUCUGUUUGGGACGGUGACGCAUCGACGAUGGGGCGGAGGAAUAGUCGACUGAUGCCUCAUGACCCGCGGAUGGAUCCUUAUGUCGCCAACAUUUAUACGCGAUUUGACAACAAAAGCCAAGAAAGCGUCAAUACCCUGCGAGACGAUCACGACUAUUCGAGACGAGUACUUCGGACGACGAAUCCCGAUCCAAAUAUUGACUGAUCAGAGUUGGCCACCAGAUUGUAUGCGAAGGGUCAAACACCGUCCUGGAACGGUUGAUGGUGACGUGCGCGAU